AUGGCUGGCAUCGAACAGUUGGAAAUCCACAGCAAGGCCUACAUCGUGAGAUGGGUCAAGGUCGACGCCGGUCACACCAUAUCCUGGAGCGUACAGCCGCACAAGAAGUCGAUUAACUUCGCCAUUGUUAAACACCCCGGGACAGGCGCGACGAACCUUACCUCGCAUUUUGACGACCUCGGCGGCCUCGAGCAGCACACAGACGGCGUCGCCGAGAAGACGGGUCUUUUUGCCAAGAGGGAUGUCAGCACCGCACAGGACCAGCUCGCAAAGAAAGGCUUCAUACCGAUAAAAUGGCAUGGGAAAUGCGAAGCCGACAAGGUUUCGGUUGGGACCUACGACGUAACACAGGGUGGCAUGUUCGGCCUUGUCUUCGACAACACGUUUUCUAAGCAGACAUCCAAGACAGCCACCUUUGUCCUCCUAACCUACCCGACGGGCGCCCCCCCUCAGACGGCGCGGCAUCUCCCGAAUCUUCAGGCCGGCCCAGCUGCCGCUGCCAGCAGAUCUAGUUUAGGGAAGUCGACCAACAGCCCGCGGCUGGGCGCUGUGACCUCGGAAUCCGCCGACAGUCUACACAACCAGGUUACGCAGCGAGGCCGCGCAUUGUCAACGCUGUCGGCUGCCGGUGGGAGCGACAACGGGGCGUCGAGUUCCUAUCACGUCGGCGUUUUGUUGAAGAGGAGGCGUAAGAAGGGGCAAGGGUAUGCCAGGCGUUUCUUCUCGCUCGAUUACACGACUUGCACGCUCUCGUACUACCACAACCGCAAUUCUUCGGCUCUGAGGGGCGCCAUCCCUCUGAGUCUCGCCGCUGUUGCCGCGGACGAGAGGCGGCGUGAAAUCACCAUCGACUCCGGGGCGGAAGUUUGGCAUUUGAGGGCAUCGAAUGCGAAAGAAUUUACGGACUGGGCCCGGGCGCUGGAACGGGCUAGCAAGAUUGCCAGGGGGUUAGAGAGCGCCGUGGACGACCUAGCGCCGGAGGCACGGGACGAGGCGCCGGCUUCGCAGCCCGCGGUGACUGCCCACAAUACUCAACACGAGGAGGACAGGGACUGGGAACAUGUAGAGUCCCUGGUCAGCAGGAUUGUCGGCACCAGAGACGCCCUUCGCCGCCUAGUCAAGGACAUGGGGGCCGAGAAGCGGGCGACCAGCAACUCUGGGACAUACCUCUCACCAAGCACUCCGACGGUGCCGGAAGACUCGGAUGGCUACUUUGCCUCCCAGCCUGACAGGCGGACGUUCUGGAAGCGCAAGGCGAGCGGUUCCUCGUCGCCGCUGACACCACAAUCCAUCCAAGCUGCUGCUAAUGCUUCUCUCGCGGUCCCGGCACCUGCCGUCGCCGCGUCAACUGCGAACGGCGCCAAGUCCCAAGGGGCGCCGCAGGAGGACCGGGAUACAUACGACAACUGCGCGGCGCUGCUCAAAGAUCUGGACUCGGUGGUAGUUGAAUUUUCGGCUCUCCUGAACACCAGCAAGCGAAGGCGGGUCAUGGCGCAACCGCUGGCUGCGUCGAGGACGAGCAUCGAAUCCACAGCAUCCACCGUCGAGGAGUUUUUCGAUGCCGAAGUUGGCGAAAUGGACCAGUCGCAGAACCAAGUAAUGUUGAUCAAUCGCCACAGCGAAGAGGACGCAGCAGCUUCGGACGCCGAGGAGGUAUCGAUCCAUGAGUCUUCGUCAGGGUCGUCGGUUGCGGACGGGGAAACACCGUACACAGGGGACGGCGUCGGGAGCCUGUUCCCGACCAAGCCAAAAUCCCUAGCACCACUCCCCGUUACCGAUGUCAUCAAACGGCGCAAGACCAUCCCUCCGGCGAAGCAAGCACCGCCAAGUCUGAUCGCCUUCGUCCGCAAAAACGUAGGCAAGGAUCUUAGCACCAUCUCCAUGCCCGUGUCGGCGAACGAGCCCAUCUCCUUCCUCCAGCGUAUCUCGGAGCAGCUCGAGUACGCACAGCUCCUCGACGCAGCCGCCCAGCAGAGCCAGCCGCAGCAACGCCUUCUCCGUGUCGCGGCUUUCGCCAUCUCCCAAUUCAGCAACGGCCGCGCCAAAGAACGCGCCAUUCGCAAGCCGUUCAAUCCCCUACUCGGCGAGACCUUUGAGCUCGUCCGGUCGGAGGCUGAAGUUCCCGGCGGGUUCCGCCUGCUGGUCGAAAAGGUCUCGCACCGCCCCGUGCGGUUAGCCAUGCAGGCGGACAGCGCGCACUGGUCGUUUGCGCAGUCGCCCGCACCGACGCAGAAAUUCUGGGGCAAGAGUGCCGAGCUGACGACCGACGGUCGCGUGCGGAUCAGCCUGAGGCUGCCCGACGGCAGCGACGAGUUCUACAGCUGGAACACGGCCACCGUGUUCCUGCGCAACGUCGUCAUGGGCGAGAAGUACGUCGAGCCCGUGGGCACCAUGCACGUGUGCAACGACAGCACCGGCUCCAAGGCGGCUGUGGAGUUCCGCUCCAAGGGUGUGUUUGGUGGCCGGGGCGAGGAGGUGCAGGUCGAUGUGCUGGGCCCCGACGGUGCGCCGUCGGGCGUGUCGAUGAACGGCACGUGGACCGGCGCCCUCAAGGUUGUGCCGGGCGGACAGGAGAUCUGGAAGGUGGGAAGCCUGGUGGACAACCCGACAACCACGUACGGGCUGACCACGUUUGCGGCGGGCCUCAAUGAGAUCACGGCGCUGGAGGAGGGGAAGCUACCGCCAACGGACUGCAGGCUGCGGCCGGACCAGCGGCUGGCGGAGAAGGGGCAGCUGGAUGAGGCGGAAGAGUGGAAGGUCAAGCUCGAGGAGGCGCAACGGCAGAGGCGGAGGGUCAUGGAGGAAAACGGCGAGGAGUAUAAGCCCAGGUGGUUUGUGCAAGCUGAGUCGGCCCAGGACGGGGAGGAGGUCUGGCGGUUGAAGGGCGGGAAGGACGGGUACUGGGAGGAGAGGGCAAAGGGGGCUUGGACAGGGACGAUGGAUCUCUUUGCUUGUUGA